GGAACGGAACUAGGGGGUCGGCAUUUGCGUGUGGAUUGGAAACACAUUGGAAGGGGGUUAGCCUGCUAGUCGGAAGAAUCUUACCGAAUGUGUCUUGUCGACUUUUUUGUUUAGUCUUCUUAAUAUAUAUUCCGGGUGUCGAGGAGUCCUCAGUUGUCACAGAGGCCAGCUCGGAUUUGAAAGAUGGCAGACUCAGAGCCUCAAAGCCCUCCCCCACAGCCACAGGCAGGGCCAGUGCAAUUCCUGUUGGCGAAUAAACUAGAAACGGCAAUGUGGCUGUCCCGACUUUUCACAGUCUAUUGCUCGGUCAUGUUCAUUCUUCCCAUCAUGGGGCCAUACGCUGCCAUGAACUUCUACCAGCGGGCGCUACUGGCCAACGCGCUGACCAGCGCCCUGCGGCUUCAUCAGCGGCUGCCCCGCUUCCAGCUCAGCAGGGCCUUCAUGGCCCAGGCCCUGCAAGAGGACAGCUGCCACUACCUGCUCUACUCCCUCAUCCUCGUCAACUCAUACCCCAUCACCAUGAGCAUCUUCCCCAUCUUCCUCUUCUCCCUGCUGCAUGCCACUACUUAUACCACAAAGGUCCUCGAUUCUAUAGGACCCAAUAGCCUCAUGUUUGUGAGGAACUUACUCGCUAAACUCUCAGCCAACCAGCAGAACAUCUUGAAGUUUGUUGCCUGCAACGAGAUCUUCCUCAUGCCUGCUACGGUCUUCAUGCUUUUCAGUGGCCAGGGAAGUAUUCUUCUGCCAUUCAUAUACUACAGGUUCCUUACCCUCCGGUAUUCUUCCAGGCGAAACCCUUACUGCCGCACCCUGUUCACGGAGCUGAGGAUGCUUACGGAGCACCUGAUCAUGAAGCCUGCCUGCCCUGCCUUCUUCAGACGAAUGUGCCUGAACAGCAUUGCCUUCAUCAGCCGCCUGGCCCCAACCGGCGUCUAAACCUGACCUCUCCCACAACACACCCAAACACACACAGGCAUACAACACAGUUACAACACGCACACAUCAUCCUGACUGACACCCAUGUUCAAACACAGCCCUUGCACCCCUGCAGCAAGACCGGAGGAAUUUGCCACCUCUAGAGAGACUGAUGGGUGGAACAGACUCUUCUAUGAAUGCUUCUUCUUUGGCAAGACGUCUCGGCUUCCCCCCCGUCACUUCUCUACCCUUUCUCUUCUCUCUGCUUCUUCCUGAGCUUUUUUUUCUGCACUGGACAAAAAACAGCUGUUUUUUACUGUGUGGCUGGCAGACAGACUUUUUUUAUUAUUUGUUUUGUUUUUAUAACCCUGCACUGUGGUGAACUACCGUGGUAGUGAACACCAGAUCAUUAUGGUUACUGUAUGUAUGUUUGGGUCUUGUAAGAGGUUCUUUUUUUUUUCCCCUCCCCCAAGUCGCGGUGCAUGACAGACUUUGAUCUGUCUCCUCUAGAAUAUAUUUAUUUGUCUUUUUUUCCUAUUCAGAGCUUGAUUAAAAAUUGAGAUUAUUAUUUAUGAUGAAAUUAAUUGUCAUAUGAUAGCAAUUCUAUUCAUUACGUUGUACUUCUGGUCAGAUGUGGGAUUAGUAUCUGGGUACUUGUAGAGUCAACGCAUUGGUUUUUAUCCACCGAAUACAUUUUUUUUUAUACGUAAUUAUACUGCGGAACAGUUGUGCGCUUGUCUUGAGUCGUCUUUUUUUUUUCUUUUCCAAAUUGAAAUGUGAAGUUUGAUACAAUCUGUAUUUAACAGCCUGGGGAACUCUCCAGUCCUCGUUUUGAAUGAAUUGUGCCGUUAAUACAUUUUAAUACAUUUCCAAAUGAUGCCCUAAUUCCUAAAACGUCAAAUUGCUAACAUUUCCCUUAAUGUAGGUCGUGUUUUUUUAAAUGUACUAAUCACUUUUAUUUGGAUUGGCCAUGUGUACUCUGAGGGAACUGUAUUAUUUAAUUUUGUAAGGAGGAUGUUGGCUACAAGAUCAUGGAGUUCAUUCUUGAAGUUCACUUAAAUGUUGAGGCAUGCUUUUCACGUCAGUUUGACUAUUGAACUGUUGAAAAUGUUUGUGAAGCUGGAAGACUUCAGCCUCAUACAGAAGUCAAUAAAACCUUAAUUCCUA